AUGGCCUACUUGGUUCUCAUUGUUGAAGUUGCCGUCUUCACGGUAGUGUGCACCAUCCUAGUUUGUACGUAUGUUGCAAUCCGGAGAAUUCUUUUCCACCCAUAUAGCAAAAUCCCCGGUCCAUUCUUCGCCAAAGUCACCAAUGUCUAUUCAGCUUAUCACUCUUGGAGGGGAACUAUGCAUCUUGAUGUGCAAAUUUGCCAUCAAAAAUACGGGGACUUGAUACGGUACGGUCCGAACCAGAUUUUAACGUUAUAUCCUCCAGAUAUGAACGCAAUAUAUGGCCAUGGAAAACCGUUCCGAAAGUCGAAAGGUUAUGAGACUAUGAUACCGAUCCCGGAUGGAUGGAGCACGAUGACAUCAAUCGACAAAACUUUGCAUCACAACCUGCGGAGAGUCUUGAGAUCUGGACUCACUACGGAGUCGCUAGCGCGCUAUGAGCCGGCAAUCCUUCGUAACUUGAAGAUAUAUUUCUCUCAGCUUACUCAGGAGAGAGAUGGAGAGGGCUGGAGCUCCACCGGUGAUAUGAGGAAGUGGAACUUAUGCCUAGGUUUUGAUACUAUGGCAGAGUUCGGCCUGGGGUUGAAGACUAACUUGCUGAGCGGACCCGCGAGAGAUUUCGUGUUUCCUGCUCUGCAUGUACACGAGAAAAAGAUGGGUCUCUGGGAACAGUUGCCAAUUCUCAAUGACUUAGGCAUUGGCAACCUGGUCAGCAUCACCUUCCUCCUUUUUUCACCCCGAGCGAAAUUGUUUGCAAACUGGUACCAGACGUUCUUGGAGGAAGCUAUUGCUACAAAUACUGCCAAAAGCAGCGGGAUCUUCGGUCCCCCAAUCCAAAGCGGGCAGGGACUUCUGGAGAAACCGGGCCACAAUUAUGCACAGAUGAUCGGAGAAGGUUCUUUCAGCACCUUUUCGUCCGCGGACGCCUACGGUAUAAUGAUUUCUGGCUUUCUCCAUUACCUCACCCAGUACCCACAUGUGUACGAGAAGCUCGCUGUCGAGUUGAGGAGUAAGUUCAGGCCGGGCGAAGAAAUAACUUGGGGUCCUAAGCUUGAAUCAAGCGCGUACCUACGCGCAGUAAUCGAUGAAGUCAUGCGAUUACUGCCGCCAGCUUGCGGCGUUCACUGGCGAGAGUGCGAGCGUUCCGGAGUUACUAUCGGCCCUGACGAACUGUCGAUGCCCGUCGGGAGCGAUGUUGGUAUGAGCCUCUUUGCAUUGUUCAGAGAUGGUAGAAUAUUCCGCAAGCCGGUUUUGUUCUGGCCUGAACGAUGGAUUCCAGGCACAUUGCCGGAAGCUGAAUAUAGCCUAGCCAAGAAGAUGUUUACGCCUUUUUCAGUUGGGCCAAGGAACUGUGCCGGAGGCCAUGUUGCAAUUAUGAUGACCAGCAUCGCAUAUACCUACAUUCUAGUCAAUUAUGAGUUCCGAUACGAUCCAGAACAAGAAAAGGCUACCUCAAGUCUUUGGCCUAACAGCUCUAAGGAACCUGGAACGCAAUCAGAGCUAAGGUUUGAAAGUCAUUAUUCGAUUGCUGGAUGGGAAAGCGGCCCUUUCAUUCAAUUUCAAGAACGGAAGUGACUUAGAUUACUGUUCAUGGCUUAUGCUAGGGAAAAUAGGAUAGUGGGUCUCCGGAGCUACUGAAUUUUAAUAGUUGAUGAUUUUCGAGAAUAUGAGGGAAGCUUUUUGCUGAAAUAUUGCAACAUCCAUUCACUUAGUGGAAAGUGAUAGGUAGUCACUUAUGCUGGUACGGUA